AUGCCGUCCGACGUGGAAUUUCGUCGAUUGUUAAUCGAUCUUGAUGAUGAGAUGUCGAAUGACGAACGUAAAAGAUUUAUUUUUCUACUUGGUAAUGACAUACCAAAACGAAAGCGAGAUGAGCCACUUGUUGAUAUUUUUACAAUACUUAUCGAUCGAGGACGAAUCUCAGAAUCAAAUUGUAACUAUCUAGUUGAACUACUCGAACGAACAAAAUUAACAGCAUUAGCCUACAAAGUAGCUAGUUAUUCAACGAAACAUACUCCAUCAACAUCAAUUUCAACAGUAUUAGAAAGUAGUCAACCCACUGAUAAUACUAAUGUCUCAUCUACUGGAACAAUAGAUAAUGUUCCAAAAGAUACACCAACAUUAGCAGAAUUAGUAAAUGAUAUCAAUUCAGAAGACUCCAUGAUAUUAUCGGAAUCUGAACAGAAUACUCCAACUGAUAUAAAGCCUAUGACAGUUCAACCUGAUCUAGCAUCGAUGUUUUUAUAUUUGGAAAAUAUUGAUCUGAAGGUAUUUGAAAACGAUACCUGGUCAGAUGAUUUUCUUAAAAAAAUUAAUGUAAACAUUCAUCCGUAUGAAUAUCAACGUGAAUUAGUACAAAGUGCUAUUCAAGCAGGAAAUACAAUAAUUUGUCUUCGAACAGGUGGAGGCAAAACAUUAGUUGCAGCUUUAUUAUUGAAAUACUAUUCAAUCAAAAAGAUGGCCUUAUCAAAGACAGAAGAAACCAAGUUCUUGGGCUUUUUUAUUGUACCGCGGCGUGCCAUGUUGAAACAAAUAUUUGAAAAAUUGAAAACAAUAGGAAAUCUUCGAAUAUUAGCUUGCGAUGAACAUUAUGACAUUACAAAAUACCUAAAAAGUUACGAUGUUAUUAUUUGUACACCACAAAAACUUCUCGAUUGUUUGAAAGCAAAAACAAUCUUCAUGUCCGAUAUUGAUUUACUCUGCUAUGAUGAAUGUCAUGAUACUGUAGUACGUAAUCAAUAUAUUGGAAUCAUGCAAUAUAUUAUGUGUCGAGAUGUUGAUCAUAUUCCAUCUGUUAAUUCGUUACCGAUUAUUAUUGGAUUGACCGCAGUAGUUGGUCUUCAUCGCUCAAGUCCUUUACAUAUAACGAAUCAUUUAACAGUACUGUGUGCCACAUUUAAUUGUUUCACAAUUACUUCAGUAUUGAAAGAAGACAAUGAAGCCGAACUUGAACAAUAUGUUUGUCGUACAUCUGAAGACGAAAUUAUAUGUAUUACUAAACAAAAAAAAUUUGAUAUGUUAAGAUUAUCAAUAGAAAAAGAGCUCAGGAAUUUAAUCUUACAAUUAUUUUUAAGUAAAGAUACAAAUCCAUUGCGCAUUUUUCCUGAAAAAGAUAUUGACAUGAAUGGCUAUGAACAAAAUCUUGAAAUGUUAAAACAAUCCGAACAAAAAAAACAACAGUUUCCAUCUGUAAUUUUAAUAAAUUAUAUUCUUGCUAUUUAUCGACAUUUAAGAUCAUUAGCAGAUUUAACACCUGAUCUAGUUCUUUCGGAUUUAAAAGAUUAUUUUGAAAUGAUAUAUAAAAGUCGUGAGCAUCCAAUUGCUGUUGAUACAUUAAUUUAUAAUAAAUGUCAAAGUUUAUUAAAAACGAAAUUAACGCAAUUAGAAGAAUCUGAACAAAUAUUAUUAAAUCCAAAACUCGAUAAACUUGUUGAGUUAUUAAAAAAGCAUACAGAAAAACCAAACAGUCGAGCUCUAAUUUUGGUUGAAAGAACAUUCUAUGCUCAGAAAAUAUGUGAGUUUUUAGGAAAUCAUAUAGAAUUAAAGUGUACUAUAAAACCAUGUUGGCUUGUUAGUCAAAACGGUCCUGAUUCUAAAAAAUCUAAUAAAAAAGAAGAUUCAGUAUUAAUAGAUUUUCGAAAUGGUGUUUAUAAUGUAAUGAUUUCUACUGAUGUUGUACGAGCAAGUUUAGAUAUACCGGAAUGUUCAUUGGUACUUCGGUAUGAUUUCGUUCCUGACAGUAUUGGUACUGUUCAAGCACGUGUUCGGGCACGAAGAACUAAUUGUGUAUAUUAUCUGAUUACGACAAAAGAUUCUCAAAAUUAUAUCAAAGAAUUAGACAGUCGUCAGUGUGAACAAGACUUGAAAGAAGUUCUCGAAAUAUGGAAACAAAUUCCUUCCCAUGAAUUCAAAGAACGAGUGGUGGAAAAACAAACAUCUCUUAUUAAAGAGUGGAGUGAAAGUUUAACAAAAGCAUUGGCUACAGAAAAAAUUGUUUCUGAAAAUACUGAAUUAAUUGGAGAUGUUUUAUGCAGAGCUUGUGGUUAUCAUCUCGGUAAACUUUCACGACUUCGCCAAUAUGAACAAUCAUAUUUUAUUAGUGAUCAUGAUUUUUACAAUCGUAUCGAAGAAAAACUAUUACCUGAACCAAAAGAAUAUGUGGCAACUUUAAUAACUGGUAAAGCAUUAUGUGGAAGUAAAAAUUGUCGUGCUAAACUUGGUUGUAUUCAAAUGUUAAAACAUCAUUCCAGCAUUAGCCCAAUCUAUCCGUUGAAGUGUGAGUCUAUUAAAAUUAAACUUUUUGAAAAAGAAAACGGCAACGAAACAAUGAUUCUAAAAAAGCAAUGGAAACAAAUGUUAUUUAAAAUUCCACCUCUUGAAAUCUCAUGCUCAAAAAAUGAUGAAGAUAUAUAUUAUGAUGCCUAUGAUGUUGUACAAACUGAUGUAUAG